GGGAAGCGCGGGAACGCGGCUCAGUCCGCACGGGGUUCUUGAGAUGCGGUGGGCAUAACUGCCCCUUAAAUCCCUUAAACCUGUCUCAGUCACACUGGAAACUAAAAACUAUUUACACUUACAAGAAGCGUGGUUUGUGGGUUUUUUUAUUAUUUUGUUCUAGCUUUGUUUUUGUCUUUUUUUGGUUAAUGGAAAACUUGCUGUGGAGACUUCGAAGCAAAACUCAGAAGGUGCUGGAACAGGCUCCCCAAAAAGUGGUCACAGCUCCAAGUCUGACACAGUUCAAGAAGCGAUUGGACAGUGUCUCGGGCACAGGCCUAGUAAUCCGUGGUGAAAAGGAUGAACAUGCAGUGUUGUGCAGCAAAGAUAAAACUUAUGACAUGAAAAUAGCAGAUACCUCAAAUAUGCUGCUUUUUGUUCCUGAUUGCAAAACUCCAGAGGAACUGAAUGCAGAUCCAGCAUCUUGUAAUAUUAUUCAUUCACAGAUUGCUGGUUUCUCCAAGAACUAUUGGGAAUUAAGGAGAUGUCGACCAAAACUGAAGAAACUGAGGAAGCUUUUAAUGGAAGAUCCAUAUGAAGGGCCUGAUAGUCAGAAAGAUCAUACUUCAACAUUGUCAAAGUAUACAACAGAAGAUUUGUUAAGUCUGAUUCAAGCAAGUGAAGAAGAAAUACUCCACCAAUUGCAGGUUAUAGAUGCCUGCAAAAUUGAAGGAUAUUGGAGAAUUCUAGACUUUGACUAUGAGAUGAAACUCUUGAGUCAUGUGACUCAGCUAAUAGACUCAGAGUCCUGGCCUUUGAGUAAGGUUCCUCUAUGUGCCUGCCUUGAAGAACUUGGAUCUCUAGAACCCAGGGACAUGAUAGAACACAUUCUUUUAAGUUAUGGCAGAAAAUAUGUUGAUGAUGGGGAGGUUUUCUUUGAAAUGCGUGAAGAUAAAAUAUGCAGAGCUAUAGCACGAAUGCUCUUGCAAAAUGCAGUUAAAUUCAAUCUAACAGAGUUUGAAGAAGUCUGGCAACAGAGUGUACCUGAGGGGAUGACAACAAGGCUUGAUCAGCUUCAGGGCUUGGCUCUUGUGGAUAAAAGUUCAAGACCGGAGACCAUUUUUCUGCUAAAAGUAGAAGACUUACCUGAAGACAAUCAGGAAAGAUUCAACAGCUUAUUUGGCAUACGGGAAAAGUGGACAGAAGUGGAUAUUACCCCUUACAUACAAGAUUUGUGUGCAGAGAAGCAGACUGUUGGUGCUCUUCUGACAAAAUACGCACGCUCCUCAAUGCUGAAUGGUGUUAAAGUUUUUAAUUCUAGAAGACCCAUCUCAUAACAAGUAUUGUUUGAAGAACUGAGGAUGCUGAAUGUAGUAACAGUGAAUGUUGCUUGCUGCUGCCUUCUGGGGAAAAGAGUUGCCAACCAUCAUUACACAGUGGAGUUUAAGCAGCUGGGCUACUUGAACAAGUUGUGUUUUCUGCUCAGCUAAGGAGAGUGUGGGGGCACUUGGGGCCUCUAAGGAAUGAUAUUCAGCUCACCUUCCUUUGCCAGCCUUCUUUGCCAGCCCUCCUUUGCCCAACUUCUUUUUCCUUUGUGUCUAGUUAAACCAGGAGCCAAGCUACUUCUUGAAUAAGCUUAAUCUGUUUAUCCAUAAGUCUAAAAUGAAGAUUUAAAACCUCCUUGAUAACAGUUCAAUCAAUUUAAUUGAUUUGAAUAGCAAAAUGGAAAGUUUAGUCUUCUGCCCAUUAGUGGCCAUUCUUAACGAUUAAAGAUUCACUGCAGUGUUCACAUUUUGAAUAGCACAGAGCUCAUCAAGCUCAUGAACAAAUCAUUCCCCACCGAGACUACACCUGUCUUGAUUUUGAAAAGUGGUUCUUUUUAAGGUCAUGUCUAUGAACACCAUCAGCACAAGCACCUGACACUUUAAUCCUUGGCAGAAUGGCCUUAUAUAUAUUACAAAAAAAAUAAUUGCAGUGAAGUGUAAAUAUAAGAGAGUAGUUGGACAUUGUGUUACAAAUUUCCUAUAAACUGUCAUUAAAAUGUAGCUGAGGUAAAGCUAAUGAUUUACAGAAGACUACUUGAAUUUUUUUUAAAAGAACUGAUAAAUUUUGUAGUAAAAUUAUUUUUUUAAAACUUUGUUGUGGCAAAUAACUGCACAUAGAAAUUGUGCCUUGAAACCUUAUAGUAUAAUAUUGUGCUGUGUUGAGCAAUGGAACAGGAUGUUUUUAUGAUACUGCCAUGAAGUGGUGUGCCUGAGAUGGUAAUUUUGUAAUUAAAAAGGAUUGUUUUCGUGUCAGUAAACCAGAGUUUAAUAUUAGAUAGUUUUCAGAUUUAUAUUUUAAACUUAACACUUGUAGGUUGUUUGAUACAAAAAAGCAUUUUUUCCAUCAGACUCAGAUGUGAGGUAUGAAAUCCCUUGGAACUGCCAGCAUUCCAGCUGUAGAGUGAGUGAGGAGAGAAACUGCUAAAUCGAAUGUAACUCUUAGGAUGCAGGGUGUGUGUACUUGGAAUUUGUUACAGAUAAAAAGCGGAAUAAAAGCUACUCCCUGA